AUGAGUGCAUCCGCUUCGCACGCGCAGAACCCACCGACCGCCGCCGCCGCUUCCUCGACCGCUACGCCCGCGAACAAGUCCUCGUCUGGAUCGUCCGCCACCGUGGCCGCUGGUUCGGCUCAGCCCACUGCCCGCAGCUCGUACGCCAACGCGACCAAGAAGAUCUCUUCUCCUACGAUCGCGUCCAGCGGCGCGCCCGCGGCAGUGGGAGCCCCGCCGUCCGCACAGCAUGGCAAGAGCGCCUCCGCCUCCGUCUCCCCCGUGAACGGCAGCGCCGGCAUCACGCCCGCCGUGCCCACCAUCCCCGCCAUGCCCGCCAUUGUCGGUGGCGGCCCCAACGGCGACCACGGCCGCAAGUCCUCGGUCCACAUCAAGCAGACGCCUCCCACCGCCGGCCCGCCCUCGGGCAUCAAGUUUGGCUCGCUCGCCGCCUCGCCCGCCCCUGCACAUGCCUCGCCCGUCGUCCAGGGCAGCGCCAGCAACCUGAACCCCCAGGCCCAGAACCCGCGCGUCGCCUCGCCUGCCCACUCGCCCUCGCCCAUCCCCACGCCCAUCUCGGGCGGCCCCAAGCCGGACAGCCUGCCCACGCGCCCCAACCUGGUCUUUGGUGGCCAGGGCAGUGAAAGCGCCGACAGCACCCGCCCCGCUAUGCCUGCGCAACCCAACUCACACGCCCCCCAGGCCCAGCACCUGCGCCGCGAAUCCUCCCAGUCCUCCCACAGCAACCCGGCCGCCAACUUCGCUCCCAACGGCCGUGGUGGUGGCCGUGGCUUCCAGCCGCAGGCCCACUACAACCCCAACGUUGCCAACCACUCGCCACAGCCCUACCGUCCCAUGCCCAACCAAUCCAUGGGACGAGGCAUGCCUCCGGCCUUCACCCCCCAGGGCGCUAUGCAGCACAACUCCCCCUACCGCCAGAACCGCAGCCCCGCCAUCACUCCCGCUACCAUGCACCAGCAGCAGCACUUUGCUAACCCGCAGGGCGCACCCUACUACCCGGGACAACCCUACCCCCAGCCAAAUAUGUACGGUAUGCCUCCCCAGGGUCUCGAUCCCUACGGCAACUACUAUGGUGGCCAGCAGUACGGGCUGCAGCAGUCGAUUCACUACCCUGGUGUUCCUGCGAGCCCUGGUCGUGGCCACGGCUUCCCUCAGCAGAUGCAAAACCCUUACUCCAUGCCUGGCCCUUACGGUCAGCCGCCUCAGGGACAGAGCAUGUCGCGCACCCCCUCGCAGAUGUCCGAGCGCCCGCCUUCUGCCGUCCCUCAGCCCACAACGCCUGCGAUGACCAACGUGAACCACAUCUCGCACGCCCACACGCCCAGCGUCACAUCCGCCAGCCCAGCACCGAGCUCGAGCGCCUUUGAGCGUCCGAAGAAACCGAGCAAGGCCAUCAUCAUCAAAAACCCCGAUGGCGAGGUCGUCGACUUCAACAAGGGCAAGGGCGCUCCCUCGCCCGCACCCAACGCGGCCCCUGCAGCUCCUGCACAGUCCAAGUCCCCCGCGAUUGUCGCCACGCCUACGCCACCUCCUCGCGCUCCCAGCGCCUCAGACGCCACCCGCACUGAGGAAGCACCUGCCAAGUCGGCAAGCGAGAAGAAGGCCGACUUCGUCAAGCAGUUCCAGGAGAAACUCCGUCUUCAAGAAGAAGCGGACAAGAAGGCCAAGGAUGAUGCGGACUCGGAAGCCAAGGCCGCUGCUGAAGCUGAGCAGAAGAAGAAGGACGACGCCAAGGCUGCCGAAGAGAAGGCUGCUCAAGAGGCCAAGGACAAGGAAGCCGCUGCUGCCAAAGAGGCUAAAGAAAAGGAAGAAGCUGCCGCCGCUAAAGAGGCCAAGGAGGCUGAAGAAAAGGCCGCUAAGGAGGCAAAGGAGAAGGAAGCGUCUGACGCGGCCACCAAGGCCGAAGACGACGAAGCGGAGAAGAAGCGCAAGGAAGAGGAGGAAUUCGAGCGCAUGGUCGCUGAGAUGGAGGCGGAAGACAAGAGGCGCGACGAAGAGGACAAGCGCUACGAAGAGGAGAAGAAGCGCAAAAAGGCCGAAGAGGACGCCAAGGCUGGUGAAAAGGCCAAGGCUGCUGAAGAGGCCAUGCGCAAGGCCGAACGUGAAGCUGAAGCUGCUGAGAUUGCCCGUGAAAACGAGACUCCUGAGCAGAAGGCUGAACGUGAGGCCAAGGACAAGGAGCUCUUUGCCUCUCUGAAGAAGAACACCAUGUUCGGUCCUGGAGCCACCGGCGAGGAGCCCAGCGAGGAUUCUGCACCUCCGGCAGCUGCUCCUACUCCUGCUCCCGCGGCCAAGCCCUCAUCUGCUACGAAGCCUAAGCCAGCCGCGCUCAAGCUUGAGACCAACAAGCCUGUCGAGCCAGCUCAGCCCACCGCUGGUAUGGAGUCGCUCAAGACAGCUCGUUUCCUUGCGAUUCGCAACGAAGCCAUCAACUACCCUGAGGGCAUCCAGUCUCCCAACCCUGCGUUGAACCAAGGUUCCAAGAGCAAGGGCCGCCAGUACGACAAGGACUUCUUGCUCCAAUUCCAGGAAGUCUUCAAGGAGAAGCCUUCGGUUGAUUGGGACCUCAAGCUCAAGGAGACCGUUGGUGAUGGUUCCGACUCGGCUCGUACACCGUCUGUCCGCGGUAACACUGUCGGUGGUCGCGCUCCUUCAGGCCGCUCUGGUCUUAGUGGUCCUGGCGGCAUGGGCAACUUUGGUCAGGGAGGUGCGUUUGGUACUACGCGCACAUUGCCUCCUGGCACAACCUCGCAACAGCGCUUCGAACAAGCCUCUGGCCGUGGUGGCACAAUGACCAACCCUCUGGCACCUUUCGUACAGGGCGGUAGCCAGCGUGGUUUCCCUAUGGGCCCACCUGGCAUGUCCCGUUCGUCUUCCUUCCAGCCUGGACCCAACUCCCCUCGUGUUGGUUCGCAGGGUGGUCGUGGUGACCGCAGCCGCCGCGGCGGUGGUGGCCAGAAGGGUCACCAGUCAGACGUCAAGACCAUGCCUCUCACUGCUGGCAAGGAGGUCAAGGACCUCGAAAAGUCCACCACGGGCUGGAAGCCCCACGGAUCCGAGAAGCAGGUCGUCUCUGGCCACAUGGCUCCCGACAUGGUGCAGCGCAAGGUCAAGGCCGCUCUCAACAAGAUGACGCCCGAGAAGUUCGACAAGAUCUCAGACCAGAUCCUCGAGAUUGCCGCACAGUCCAAGGACGAGACUGAUGGCCGCACUCUCCGCCAGGUCAUUCAGCUCACCUUUGAGAAGGCUUGUGACGAGUCUCACUGGUCCUCCAUGUACGCCAAGUUCUGCAACCGCAUGCUUCAGACUAUGAGUCACGACAUCAAGGAUGAGAACGUCCGCGACAAGCAGAACAACCCUGUCGUUGGUGGAGCCUUGUUCCGCAAGUACCUUCUUAACCGCUGUCAGGAAGAGUUUGAGCGUGGUUGGGAAGUCAACCUGCCCGAGGUACCUGACGCGGGCAAGGAAGCCACCCUGCUUUCGGACGAGUACUACGUUGCGGCCGCUGCCAAGCGCAAGGGUCUGGGUCUCAUCCAGUUCAUUGGUGAGCUUUACAAGCUAGGCAUGUUGACUCUGCGUAUCAUGCACGAGUGCGUUCUCAAGCUCCUGGACUUUGAAGGCUUGCCUGAUGAGUCUGCCAUUGAGAGCUUGGUCAAGCUUCUGCGCACCGUUGGUUCCACCAUGGAGUCCGCUGAGGCUGGCCCCAAGAUGAUCAACAUGUACUUCGAGCGUGUUGAGAAGGUCAUGAACAUGGAAGGCCUCCCAUCUCGUCUGCAGUUCAUGCUGUUGGACACAAUCGAUCUUCGCAAGUCUGGCUGGAAGUCCAAGGACAUCCUCAAGGGCCCCAAGACCCUCGCUGAAAUCCACCAGGACGCUGUCGCUGCGCAGCAAGCUGCUGAGAUGGAGCGAUCGCGCUCGCAGCGCGGUGGAGGCGGUGGUCGUCUCCCCAUGGGACGCGGUGACGCGCGCUCAUUCUCUGGCGGCGGCAUGAUGCCUCCCCAGGACACCGGCGGCCGUGUACAGAUGGACGAUCUCCGCAAGUUGUCCAAGGGCGCAUCUAACCGCGGACUAAACAACACCGGUUCCCUUGGUCCCUCCAUGCUGGGCAGCCGCAGCGGCAGCGGCCGUCGUGGUCUCGGUCCCGCUAUGAUGGGCCGUGGAGGUGACGAGUCGGGUAACUCUUCCCGUACCGGCACUCCCCCAGUACAGAAGGAGAAGUCAACCGCACAUGCAAAUGCGUUCGAUGCGUUAGCAGCCCUCGAAGCCGAAGACAACGCCGGCGAGGUUGGCUCCCCACAACCAGCUGCCGCCGAGACGGAAGCAAAGCCGUCUGAGUGA